CCCCCUGCUCGGAGCCCCUGGACCGGGACUGCCCCCCCAACCCCACAUACACACACACAGCCGAGCCGGGACUUCCUCCCUGCACCCCGGCCCCGGGGCCGCCUGGAUGCUGUGCGGGUGGGGGCCGUGAGGCAGCGAGGAGGCACCCGGGGCCGGCCCUGUCUGGGGGUGUUUCUUCAAUGGAGAAGUUGGUGAGUGUGGCGGAGGCUGAGAGGAGGCAGAGACGCGACAGCUGAGCAGACAGGUUGGAGCUGGCUGGGGAAGACACGCGCGAGCUGAAGGGGGUCUGCCCACCCACCCCCCGGAGAAGCCGCGGGCUGUGCGCCUGUGACCAGCGCCCCUCAUCCAGGCUGGGCCCCGCUGAACGUCUCCCCACCAUGCUGUAUGUGCACCAUGGUCCCUAGGCGUCCACAGCUCAGAAGGGACACUCUUCCAUCAGGCUGAUCCCUGGGACCUCAUGAACCCUCUGUGACAAGCGGACUCAGCUAGGAUGUUACACCACCACUGUCGAAGGAACCCUGAGCUCCAGGAGGAAUUGCAGAUCCAGGCCGCCGUGGCCGCCGGGGAUGUUCACACGGUACGGAAGAUGCUGGAGCAAGGCUACUCUCCGAACGGCCGUGACGCCAACGGCUGGACCCUGCUGCAUUUCUCCGCCGCACGAGGGAAGGAGAGAUGCGUGCGAGUCUUCCUGGAGCACGGAGCCGACCCCACAGUGAAGGACUUGAUCGGCGGCUUCACUGCGCUUCACUAUGCUGCCAUGCACGGCCGGGCCCGGAUCGCCCGCCUCAUGCUGGAGUCCGAGUACCGGAGCGACAUCAUCAACGCCAAAAGCAAUGAUGGCUGGACCCCGCUGCACGUGGCCGCACACUACGGGAGGGACUCCUUUGUGCGGCUGCUCCUGGAGUUCAAGGCCGAGGUGGACCCGCUCAGUGACAAGGGAACGACGCCCCUGCAGCUCGCCAUCAUCAGAGAGCGGUCGAGCUGCGUGAAGAUCCUCCUGGACCACAGUGCCAACAUCGACAUCCAGAACGGGUUCCUGCUGCGCUACGCUGUCAUCAAGAGCAACCACUCUUACUGCCGCAUGUUCCUCCAGAGGGGGGCCGACACAAACCUGGGGCGCCUGGAGGACGGGCAGACCCCUCUGCACUUGUCCGCCCUCCGAGACGAUGUGCUGUGCGCACGGAUGUUGUACAGUUACGGAGCGGACACGAACACGAGGAACUACGAGGGGCAGACCCCGUUGGCUGUUUCAAUAAGUAUUUCUGGGAGCAGUAGACCGUGUUUGGAUUUCUUACAAGAAGUCACAAGACAGCCCAGAAACUUGCAGGACCUGUGCCGAAUUAAAAUUCGACAAUGUAUAGGCCUUCAGAAUCUAAAGCUACUUGAUGAGCUACCAAUUGCCAAGGUCAUGAAAGACUACUUAAAACACAAAUUUGAUGAUAUCUGAUCCAUCAGAACUGUGAGCAGGAUUAGGAGUUCUAUUCCAGAUACUCUAAAAAAAAAAAAAGGCUUUUUGCCUUGCACAAAGUAUAUCCUAUGCAAUUUCUGAUUGCUGUGAAAGUCAGAAAGCAGGCAUACGCUGUUAGGUUUUCUGUUUGUUUGGUUUUCAUUGUAAGGGAGGGAUUUUUUUUUUUAUGUAUAUGUACACACACACACACACAGACCCCACUUUCUUGAAGGUCUUAAUUUGAUUUUCUUGGUCCAAGUUUAAGAGGUCCAAUCCUUCUAUCCAAUGUUGCAUUUUAGAAAAUAAAAAAGUUCUUUGGGAUUUUUUUUUUUUUUUUUUGGUUAAAUGACACAAGCGGGUUUGGAGAAGAUUGACCCUUUCCACACUGAUCCUUUUGUCGGUGAGCACGGUCCCUGAAAGCAGCAGGAUGCUUGUUCGCGCUGGGAGGCCCGGCUCCCCCAGGCCGGGGCAGGGAGUGGGGCCUGGGUUACACUGGAGAAUGCCACCGGAACAUCGUCCGGUACCGCGGUCAGCUCAGUCGCUUCUCACGAGGACGGCCGGCUGUUUCACUCUGUUCUUUUGCCUCAUUCCUGUAGCUUACGGAUGACGUCCGUCCAGUACCGCUGCUCCCUUUCGGAUGUGCUCUGGUUUUUAACUUAUUUUUUUGUUGUUGUUGUUGGUGUUGUUCUUUAACAGCUGUAGGACACUACCCUGAGAUUUUGUGUCUUAACUUUUGUCUCUCUCUAGUUGAAUUGUGCUUUAAAAAAAUUAACGAUAAAGAAAAAAUAACUUUAUAAAGCCAGUGUAUUCUGUUUGCAAAACAGUGCCUCCAGUGCAAUACGCUCUCCGAUGUGUGUAGGCAUCAUUCCACAGCCGGCUCCGACACGCCUGCAAGGACCGGGACUGCCACUGGAAUUCUCGUAGCAGAACCCCAGGAUGUCAGUUGCAAUUUCCAUUCGAAGCUUUGUCCUUUUUAACUUCCCUUUAAGCAAAACAUUUCCUGUCCCGAUGUUAGAGUGUGCCCUAAAAAAAGCCCAAAAUAUUGUUAAAGCAUCUAACUUUACUGGUUUAAUAACAUAAUGGGGAUUUUUGUUUUCUUCCCUUUUCCAACUUUAAAAACAAAACCUCUCACAGGCACAUAUCUGUAAGUCCAGCUAGUUCCCAUGAGUGAGUUAAACGUAGCCUGUCUAUCUGAAGUUCACAGACAGCGAGGCCUUCCAAGAGAUCUGUGUUGUGGAUGGGGCAAGCCUGCUGCUGAAGUGGGCGUAGGCUGGAGUGGGAGUGAAUGAGGGCAAGGCCACAGCGGCAUCAGAUGCCCACGAGGCUGCCCUCCAUGGCGUGGCAACUGCCGACCCCUCAUCACCACUGGUGGCAGAAGAUCCUCCUCCAGCAUCCCCAGGGUUGUUCCUCAGCUUCUCUGGGAAACUUCCAGAAAUCCACAUGCCAUUAACAGGUCUGUUCAUCAGACAGUUACAAGGUAAAGAGCAUCUCAGUACACAUGCUCUGAGCUUCUGGCCCUGAGUUCUCAAGUUGAUACCGAUUCCCCCAGGAGCAUCCUCUGCCACCCAGGGCCCAUCCUCUUGGCUGCAGAAUGUCCAGGAAGCACACAGCUUUCAGGACAGAUGAGCUACUGGCGGGAUUCCCCCACUCCUGCAGGCAACUGGUUCCCUGUGCCCAGUUUGAUGAUCACGCUCAAACUCUGGCUGAAUGCGGGAGGACCAGAAAGGGUGAUGUGUCCCACACCUCCCAGAAUCCCUCUCCAGACUCCCACGGGAACACCGUUGCUGAGCUGGGGCAGGGUCCUCUGCACCACCCCCCAGGGCAGGGCCCACGUGUGGGCAUCCGUAGCACUAACCACAAGCUCCCCACGGGGACGGCCCACACGCUGUUGUUGACUUUUGCACAGGGCGCCUUCCCACACAAGGUGCGCAGUAGCAUAGCCUCCCCCGGUGCAGGGGACCAGACCCCUCGCCCAACCAUUUCCGAAGGUUUCUACACUUAGGCUUAGUCACUGUGUUAGAGUCAGGGAAUUCCAAGGGAAAAGAUCAGAUUAAGGUAAAUUCUUUUCUUCUGUAUUGCUGCUGUGAUUCAGAAAAAAAAAAAAAAUUAUGAGAGCUCUUCCUGGAAUUGAAAAUUUCUAUUUAAUGAAGAAGUAUAUAAUUCCAUUAUUUAUUGUUUGAGGUUUAAUUUCUCUGGAAACUUAAAAAAGAAUGUUUUAUUUUUUGUUGUUUUUGUCAUUGUUAAUAAAAUCCCAAUCACAUACCGUAUUUCACAGUUCCUAAAGGGUCUUGAGGUGGGUCACUGGUGGGCUCUGGGUGCUGCACCUGCAGGCUCCCACUGGCAGUGGAUUAGCGGAGAAAUAGUCUGUGGUCACAAAAUGAGUAAGAACAGGCAUUUUGAGAAAAUUAACUGAUUGGUUUUUUUUCCAGAGUCUUGACUAAAAUUUUCACAAUGUUAUCAGACUUGUUAUUGAUUCCUUGCUGUAUUCUUUUUUAAAUUUAUUAUUUAAGCCUAUUACUAAAUCUUUAUUAAAAAAAUAUAUAUUUGGCAAGUGAACCAAAGAAACCAGCUCAUAAAAGAUUAUCAUUGAUGAACUACAGACCUCAUCUUUUGAAAACAAGGUGGUUGUUAGUAGUGUUGUUUUUUUUGUAAAUAUUUGUGUUUAUAAAUGUACAGCAGAGUAAGAGUGGUUUUUUUUUUUAGAUUAUUUAAUUCCCAUAUUGCUAAACUGUUUACUACAGAAUAACCCGUGCUCGUUGGUUGGGAGGACUUGACUGACGUCAGUUCAUUUUCAGUCCUGCCGGGCCAGAGCCCUGGCAGGAGCGAGCAGAUGCUCCUGCAGUGAGCACGGUGUAAGCUCCAGUGUGGACCCCUGGGAACCACGCUGCCUGCUUAGCCCACAGGGUUGCCCAGCAGCCCGGGAUGUGGUUGGGAUGAGGCCAUUUGCCCACAGACUUACCUUUUAUGUAACUUCCUAGUGUGUUCUAUCAUAAUGCAUUUUGUUCUUCCUUUGUAAUGUAAGUUUUGCUUUUGGGUCAAUUUGAAUUAAAAAAAAAAAAAGUUAAGUCUGGUUUAAAAUACGUUGGAAUUGUGUUUUAUUUCGGCUCCAUCUUUACUCUGCAACCUGUGCAUGGACAGAGCCCUGUCUUACCCAACAGCGCUUUCGUUCCCUGAUGGUGAGGUUCCACCAGCCACACCGCAGAUAGUACCGUCUCGUGGCCUCCAGUGAGUCCAGGGGACCCUGAAGCGUCUCGGGCAGUAUUGGACGCCUGC